UACCGCUGAAGUACCGCUGAAGUACAGCUGAAGUCUGAUCUUAGGACUGAGAGGAGAGGAAGAAGAGAAUUUAAAAGAAGAGGCGACCAUGAUUCAAUCGAAUCACUCCAUGCACGCUGUGUUCUGUUGUUGCUGUGCGGUCCAGACCAGGGAGAUUAGUACCCACAUGGAGCUGGAGGGAAGACCGUCUCUCUGCUUUUCGAGCCGACACCACCCAGGACACGCCCAACGGGUUGACAGGUCCAGGAGGAAGUUGCCUCCUUCUCCUCCCACAAGAGACGAUGGUAAAUGUUUGGGGUUGCCAAGGGUGGUUGCCAUGUACAACUUUACUGCCAAGGAGGACACGGACCUCACACUCAAACAGGGAGAGGAAUACACCAUUCUGCAUAAGCAGGACCAGCUAUGGUGGAGGGCUCAGGACAGACAUGGGAAUAAAGGCUUCAUCCCCAGUAACUAUGUGACAGAGAGAAGCCGGAUCGAGGCCAACACUUGGUACUGCAAGAACGUCACCAGGACAGAGGCCGAACAGCUGCUCAGAACAGAGGACAGAGAGGGGGGGUUUGUGGUGAGAGACUCCAGCCGGCCGGGGGUCUACACAGUCUCCCUCUACACCAAGACUCCGGGUAUCAGUGGUGGUAUUAGCAGGCACUACCAGAUUAAACACACGGAUAGUGGGCAGUUCUUCUUGGCAGAAAAACAUACCUUCAGCACCAUACCGGAAGUCAUAAAAUAUCACGAACACAAUGCUGCAGGUCUAAUCACCAGGUUGCGGUAUCCAAUAGGGCCCACGGGAUGCUGUGCUCCUGCUACGGCUGGGUUCAGCUCAGAGCAGUGGGAGAUCAAUCCCAGUGAGCUGACCUUCAUGAAGGAACUGGGCUGUGGUCAGUUUGGACAUGUGCGACUGGGGAAGUGGAGGACUCACCACAAGGUGGCCAUCAAGGCCAUCAAGGAGGGAGCCAUGUAUGAGGAGGACUUCAUUGAAGAGGCCAAGGUCAUGAUGAGGCUGUGUCACCCUAAGCUGGUCCAGCUGUACGGGGUGUGUACACGCCAGCAACCCCUGCUGAUCAUCACGGAAUUCAUGGAGAAUGGCUGCCUGCUGAACUUCCUGCGUAAGAGGAGCAGGGCUCUGAAGGAUGAGUGGCUUCUGUCCAUGUGUCAGCACGUAUGCGAGGGGAUGGAGUACCUGGAGAAACACAAGUUCAUCCACAGAGACCUGGCUGCCAGGAACUGUCUGGUGAACGAGCAGAACGUGGUGAAGGUCUGUGACUUCGGGAUGACCAGGUACGUUCUGGAUAACCAGUACACCAGUUCCAGUGGGGCCAAAUUCCCAGUGAAGUGGUCUCCUCCUGAAGUCCUGCACUACAACAAAUACAGCAGCAAGUCUGACAUCUGGUCCUACGGCGUGCUGAUGUGGGAGAUAUUCUCUGAAGGCUGUGUUCCGUUCGAGAGUCUCACUAACGGGGAGGUCGUCAGUCAGGUGAUGAGGGGCGUCCGGCUGUACCGCCCACACAGAGCCUCGCGCCCCGCCUACUGCCUCAUGUACAAGUGCUGGCACGAGGAGCCACAUGGUCGGCCAUCUUUCUCGGAGCUGCUGAAGGAAAUCAGAAUCUUAGCAGAGCAGCAGGAGUGACCCACACACACACACACACACACAUACAUUCACAUUUUCUGUCACACACAAACACACACUUUCACUCUCUCCCAUACAAACACACACACACAGAAACACACUCUCUCGCUCUCUCUCUCACACACACACACUAAUACAAACACACACACUUUCACACUCUCUCUCUCUCACUUUCACACUCACAAGCACACACACCCACACAGAAACAAAUAUACACACUUUCUCUCUCUCGCUCUCUCUCUCUGACACACACACACACAAUCUGCUGUUCCUUAAACUAUUUGUGUUGUAUAUAAGUGUACUCUUCUUUGUCUUCACAUGUACAUACAAAGACAAUAUGAUUCCAUUGUGUGUGUAAUGAUGUAAAUACCGUUAUUGUUAAUGAUACACUGUAUAGAAUCCCAUGAACCAGACUCGAGAGUCCUCCUGAAAUGCUUCACAAGCAAGAGGGGCAUGGAGCUGCUGGAUAUAUGCUGUUAUUCAUGUUUGGGUUGAAACAGAAAUUAUACUCCCUCAUUCACAUUGCAGCCAUGGGUCAUGUGACAUUCCUAAAUGAAUACAUGACAAGAAUAGAUGAAUAGAUGAAAACAUGACUAGAUGAAAACAUGAAUUGAUGAAUAGAUGAAAACAACUAGAUGAAAAUAUGAAAACAUGACUAGAUGAAAACAUGAAUACAUUAAGAUGAAUAGAUGAAAACAUGAAUAGAUGAAAACGUGAAUAGAUUAAGAGGAAUAUAUGAAAACAUGACUAGAUGAAAACGUGAAUAGAUGAAAAGAGGAAAACAUGACGAUGACUAGAUGAAUAGGUGACAGUCCAGCUCCUCUCCUGUGAGCGUAUUUCGGUACUUGUUACUUGUGAUUGAUGUAAUGUGGCCGAGGCGCCGCUAGUAGGCGCGGAAGAGCCGUAUGUCUAUUGAGCUCCAGGAGCAGUCUUGUCUGUUUUCUACUGUCUUCUACCUGGAAUUAAAAUGUUGAUUUUCAAAGAAUUGUCCAAUUCAUCAAACUGAUAUAGUCCCAU